AUGGUUGCUAUUGAAGAGAAAUGUGACUCAUCAGACAGUGAAUCAGUUGAAAACAGAAAUGAAGACUCAUCAGAAGCAGAGGCAACUCUGAUAGGAAUGUCGUCUGAGAGUGAAGAAGAAGAUGAUUCAUUGAUUGAUGUUGAACCGGAGUUUCGUAAGUUGUAUGACAGUUGGUUGCUAUUUGGUAAAGAAAAGCUUUCAUGGAUUGAAGAAAAAAUAGCUUUACAAUGUCAGAACAAGGAUCUGCGAGAUGCUCUAAAAUCUGAGGAAGAUAAGAACAAUCUUCUCACUCAGAAGCUAGCAGAAACCAAAAAGAAGAUUCUCAUGUUGAAUAGUGGAACUAAGGACUUAGACAAAAUCCUUUCCAUAGGCAGAGUUGGGAAGAGUAAUUUUGGUUUGGGUUAUCGUGGAGGAGAAGCCAGUGGGAAGACAAAGUUCGUGAAUGGAAACUCUCAUUUUCCUCAAUCUGAGAAACCAUGGUGUCCUGAUCCUAGUCGUCACAACCAGAGGUCUGAAUUCGUGAGGAGUUGCAACAUGAGCCGUGGUGUUCAAACACGUAGAUUUGAUCACAUGAAGUUCAGAGAAAGAGUAAAAUGCUACUACUGUGGGAGACAAGGCCAUAUCAAAAGAUAUUGCCAUCAGUUUGCUGAUAAAGUGAAUGGGAUGUUGAGGCAAGGGAGAUACUUCCAAAAUCAAGACACGGAAUCACAAGUUUGGAUGGUAAAGUUUGAGCUUCGUUGCAUGGUGUCUUAUACCUCUGUAAGUACAUCUUCCGUCAAGCCAUGGUAUUUCGACAGUGGCAUCUCAACACAUGACUGGGUGUGA